GUGCCCCUGGAGCCAAGUUGCGUCAUACUUGGUUGUAGCUCAGUUGUAGUUUGCAACAUUUUGAUAAAAUACCAUGCGAAAUUGGGUCUAUCCUCAUAAGCAUUAAAGGGGACCGGCAUUACAGCGGCUCGCUCUCUCAGUCCGGAGAUAAGCCAAACGCAGAAAGUACUCAGAGUACUUUAGCAUUCAUGAUAACUACGAAGUAUAUAAGUGGCAGUUCCUAUCCCAGAGAGCUUCUGUCUGCGAACCGAGCUUACAGCUACGCGACGGGACUGGUCGUCUCUUUAUAAGCCAGGAAAACCCGAAAGUGCCAACGCACCGAUCAAGUUCAUAAACAGGGCUCAAGGUAAGAAAUAAGUUAGCUGAUCCCACCUGAGUAGCUACACUAAGUAGCUAUAUACAGUCGGAUCAGUAGCGCCGGAGAAUUGCGCAUAGCAGAGCGGGUUUAACUGUCAACGGAAGCGGCACGCGAUAAAAAAAAGUCUAAUAGUUGGCAAAAAAUCUCAAAAUGAAGGCCUUUUUCUGGACUUCAUUGGCUCUACUGGGCUUUGUGAGCUUCCAACAGGUGUUGGCCAAAACUGUGUCCAGUGAUUACAUAGACCUUCUCGACUUGAGCGAUAAUGAUGAGUUCCAAUGGGGAGAGUCCGAAAACCAACUAUACAGCCAAGGAAAUCACAGCAAGGAAAAUGGCGAUGCGAAUUAUCUGACACACCACCGUCUUAACAAGCGACAAGCUCCCGCCUCCCAGUUGCUGGAGAACAAGGAUUAUGGUCCCUGCAGCACUCCGCUGGGUGAAUCUGGCCGCUGUCGACACAUCAUCUACUGCCGCAUGCCGGAGCUCAAGAAUGAUGUAUGGCGCCUAGUCUCCCAGCUAUGCAUAAUUGAGAAAAGCUCCAUAGGCAUUUGCUGUACUGAUCAGAUGACCAGCAACCGCUUAAGCCCGCAGAUCGUGACCAGCCAAGAUCAGGACGAGCCGCGCAUCGUGAACAAACCGGAGCAGCGUGGCUGUGGGAUUACCACUAGGCAAUACCCCAGGCUCACUGGAGGCCGGCCAGCCGAACCGGACGAGUGGCCCUGGAUGGCAGCCCUACUAAGGGAGGGUCUUCCCUUCGUGUGGUGCGGUGGUGCCCUGAUCACCGACCGCCAUGUCCUCACCGCCGCCCACUGCAUCCACGGCAAGAAAAAGGAGGAUAUCUUUGUCCGAUUGGGCGAGUACAACACUCACAUGGUGAAUGAGACGAGGGCGAGGGAUUUCCGCAUUGCCAAUAUGGUCCUUCACAUUGAUUUCAAUCCACAAAACUACGAUAAUGAUAUUGCCAUUAUCCGGAUCGACCGAGCUACGCUAUUCAACACCUACAUCUGGCCAGUUUGCAUGCCACCGGUGAAUGAGGAUUGGACGGGGAGGAACGCCAUUGUUACGGGUUGGGGCACUCAGAUGUUCGGUGGGCCUCAUUCAAACAUACUAAUGGAGGUCAACCUACCAGUUUGGAAGCAGUCCGAAUGUCGCGCCGCCUUAGUUCAGCACGUUCCUGACACCGCCCUGUGUGCUGGAUUUCCCGAUGGUGGACAGGACUCCUGUCAGGGCGAUAGCGGGGGACCGCUGCUAGUACAGCUUCCCAAUCAGCGCUGGGUCACCAUUGGCAUCGUGUCCUGGGGCGUCGGCUGCGGCCAGCGCGGCCGUCCGGGUAUUUACACCCGUGUGGAUCGCUACUUGGAUUGGAUUUUGGCCAACGCGGAUACCUAAGGUAUAAGCCGGGCUGUUGAUAGUUUGUCAGUGCAUUCAAUUUACUUGGCAUUAUGUUAAACAAAUGCUACGACCUAAAUACACGAAUUAACCUGA